AUGGAGGGUCAAAUAGUUGGAGGGGCUGAUAAAGACAUGGUGCAGAAUCCUGAGGGGAGUGGAUUGAAUGAGGGAUUGCAGGAUAGAACUGAAGGGUUGGAUGAGGGACUGGCAACUGGGGGAGUCACUGAUAUGGUAGUUGAGCAGGCUGAAGUUUCAAUGGCGGACAAUCUGCCUCCUCCUUCCUCAAAUGGGGGCUCUCCUCUCAGUUUUGCCCAGAUUGUGAGGGGAUCACCAUCAGCGGGUGGGGAAUCAACUGCUGUUGGUGGACAGGAGUCGGACUGUGGGAAGUUGAAUCAAGAAGAUACAGGGAAAGAGAACAGGCAACCUCUGGUUGACAAAGGGAAGCGAGUCUGGGUUGAUUCUCCUUUGGUUCCCAUUCAACCAAAGCGAGGAGGUAAAGGUGGAAGGGGAAGGGGUAAGAGAUGA